UUAAGUGUAAUUUGUUAUAGGCAUUACAAGGCAGUGAGGUAGUGGAGCUUGAUCCUACUCACAAUGCAAUGAGGAAAAAGGAGAACCCUGUAUUGUGGGUUAUUCCAGCUGACCAGCCAUUCACUGGUAAGAAGCGAGGGUCAAUGAUAAAUUCUUUACUUUGUACUUUUUAAUUUGAAAUUUUGAACCAUACAUAUUGUGACAUCUGGAGGAGCAUGAUGUUUUAAGACUGAGUCGAGUAGCAAAAUGUUUCUUUCCUUCCAUUUUUUGUCCGUUGGAUGUAAGAUUUUUUUUUUUUGUUUUCUUUGCAGUUGAGAAUACUGCUGCUCACAUAUAUGAGACCACCCCUCAAGUGAAACAGCAUCAAGUACAGGGUAUGAACACAGACUUUUGACUUAUACAUCACUUACGUCUCUGCCAGAUGCCCAGUCUUGCUGUUUGGGAAAUAGUUAAUAUUAUUAUUAAAUAGUAAAUAGUAAUGUCAAUAGGCCUUUGUGAGAAGCAGUUCCAGUUAAGAAGACUGUUUGUUAAUUAAAAAAGACUGUGUGGCAUCUGUAAUACUGUACUUAAAAAGCUCAGUUUGGAAAAGAUGCACUAGAUGUAGUUUGGUCUAAAUAUAGGUGUAUGUUGUAGGUAAAAUCUGUUUUCAGGUUAAACCAGAAUUUCCUUUGUAUGCUAAUAUUGAUUAGGGCUAGGAAACAAAGGAUAUUUUGAAUCAAACCAGGUUGAAUACUGGUUAAACCUGAGAAUUAAUUUUACUCUACAAUAUGCACACUUUAUUUGAGUGUCACGUACAUAGAGGAUAUUACAUGGCCACCGGAGAUUGCAUUCACUCGUGAAAUAUUUUUCAACACUCGAAGAGAAAUUUCGUAUCUCCAAGCCACCAUGUAAUGUUAUAUUUAUUACAUAAACACCAAUGAAAUACAAAACCAUUUAACUUUGAUAGUUUUUUGGUGUGAAAGGCAUGAUUUAUUAUGACGCCAUAGCAACAGUGAUAUUUUCACAUGUGAAGAUAACAUGUUAUUGUCACAUGUGAAGAUAUCAAGUUUUUGCACGAAAGCUCACCUGGUAUUUCAUUGGUGUUUAUAUAGUAAGUAUUUAUAUUGAAGGGUAAUUAGAUUCAUUAUUUUACAACUCUAUACUCCUUAUUGAUUGAUCAUGUUAUCUUUUUCAUCAGAAACAGAAGUAUCAUCUAAUGCUGAACCAGCAAAGCCAGCAAACGUAAUCAAUGAUUUGGUGAAUCCUGGUGAAUUGAUAAAACAGGCACAGAAGGAAUCCGUGUUAAAUAACACUUUCAAUAAUAAGGCUGAAGAAGCAAAAGGUAUGAAUUGCUCCUGAACAUAUCCUACCAGAGUAAGUGUUUCACACUUGAUCUAUAAUUACGUGAUUAUCAUUCUAGUACACUUCAUAUGACCCUAGCUGACCAGGUUAGGUGGGUGUUUUGUUUGUAUUAGAAAUGUCAGCCUACUUAAAAACUUGAAUUUUUUUCCCUUGAGUUCUGAAAGUUCUCAUACAUUACUUAUUCAUCAUCCAGAAAUCGCUUCUGAUAAUUAACCCAUUUACUCCAAAAGUGACCAACAUAAAAUUUAAGAAAAUCUAAAUUUCUUACUGUAAAAUCGUAAGAAGCAAAUACUUCUAUACGAAAAGUGCCCCUAAGGGGUUUCAGUAUUGAGUGCUAACACAAGAGGAUUUUGUCCACAGAUUCAAAAGUUAGACCAUGUAAGCAUGGUUUAAGCAUGAAAGGAUCAAGUGGCUAAAUACUUGGUUAUUAUACUGAACUUACCCUUUUACAAAUGUCCAAAAGAAGGAUAGUCACAAAGUUGGAAAAUCCUCAUUCUCGGAAACCAGGAAAAUUGCAGCCCAAUUUUCCAAGAACUUGUUUUAUUCGGGCUUGCCUGCGUACUUCUUAUUCAACUAGGCAGAGCUGACACUAAGGGCCAGCAGAGGCCAGGGAUUUGCCCCAGCUUUUAUGAGCAGGAUUCCUGGCUACUGACUUAAAAAAUUGAAAACAGUACCAAAGGAAUUUCGCAGCUGUUCAGCUUACUGCCCACUAAUUGCAUAUAUUGGGCAAUUUGAAAUCUUAGGGAAAGCCCUGCUCGCAGCGCUUUCACUAGUUCGAUUUUAGUGUACUCGAGGAAGACUCUGCAUGAAUGGAGUAAGAUCUGUUGAACAUUUGCAGCGUGUUGCUAGGAUAUACAUGUACUUUAGAACCCAGGCCUAAUAACUGUCUGCUUGCUACAGUGGGCUCAGUUAUGACCAGGGAUUUAGAUCAAUAAACGGAUGCUGGUACUCAAAAAAAACAAUUUGAUGAGAGAGAACAAGAUUGACUAGUCGUGAAGUUUGGGCUGAGGCGACCUCAAAGGGUUGACAUGAUUCAUGCAGAGCCUCCUUUUCUGGUCCUCGCUCAAGAAGGAAAAAGGAGGAGGCUCUGCUCCGUGCAGGGUGAGCCCUGCCUGCCACGCUGUCAGGCCAGUUUCUUUCUCCCAAAAAUUGAAAUUUGAAAAAUUUGUAGGUGCAAAAAAGCCAGAUGUUGACUCAUGGACAGAAGUAAAAAGAAGAAAACCAUCUUCUACAAAAACAGAUGCCAGUAAUAAGGUAAGCAUGUGAGAACAAGUACAUUGUCUUGAGCAAGGAGUAAUGUCUCUCCCUUGCUGCAGAAUCAAGUCAAGGUAAAAGUUGUUGUGGAACCGAGAGUGAUGGAAAAAAAUGAAGUGGCCUGAACUGGUGUGUGUUCUCAUAGACUCAAUUCCAUCACACAAAAGUUAUGCCAAACAGGUCUAAUAUGAAGAUUUUUUUGAUAGGAUAUCAACAGCACCUUCGUGCAGAAACCAUCUUCAGGGGCGGAUCCAGGAUUUUUUUUAGGAGGGGGUGCACUCGUCUCUUGCUCUACUUCAACACCAAUAAACCACACAGUUUUUUUUUUGCAGAAUACCAGUUGUAUUAGAAAACCGCAGGUCAUUUCAGGGGGGGGGGGGGUGCCCACCCCCCCCCCCCUUCCCCUAAAUCCCCCCCUGUUCUUUAAUCAAAAUUACAUUUUUUUUUUAAAAAAAAAAAAAAAAAAAUUUUAAAAAACUUUUAAUAUUUUAAAUUGUGAGGUUAAAAAAAAAAAAAAAAAAAAACAAAUGCAACAAAUUCACGAGCAGGACGGACGAGAACUACCCUGCUGCCCGGAACNUUUUUUUGAUCAAAGAAAACACACCCCUUCGGGAAGAAAUCCUUCUCGGGGGGCGAUCCUGGGUUUUUUUUACGGGGGGGGUAACUCUUCCUUUUCUUUACUUUAACACCAAAAAACCCCCCUGUUUUUUUUUUUCCAAAAACCCAUUUUAUUAAAAAACCCCAGGGUCAUUUAAGGGGGGGGGGGGUGCACACCCCCCGCACCCUUCCCCUAGAUCCGCCCCUGAUCUUGAAUCAAAAUUACAUUUUUUUAUGAUAAAAUAAGAAUAACAUAUUGUAAUACAUCUGUAAUAGUUGAAAUGUUGAGUGUACAAAGAAUGAAAAGACAAUGCAACUGCAUCAACUUGGACGAAAGCUUUUUAAUUCAAGCGUAUGCAAUGAAACUGUUUUUGUCAGGGUUUAACAUCAUCUUGAAAACCCUCAAGAAAACUCUUGAAUUUAAGGAGUCAAAUAUACUUGAAGUACUUGAAAAGUAAAGUACUUUAAAUUGGUUUUGGUCCAUGAAAAACCUUUUUUUAACCAAAGCACAUGUACACUAUCAAAGUUUUAAAGUAGAGUGCAAAAUAAUGCAAACAGGGGAAAUGCUUACAAAAUUAGAGUAAUGAAGUCUAUAAACAAAGUGUUUAAGAAUGAUUAGUUAGUGCACAUGUGUAAUUUUUAUGUUAACUAAUAUUAUUGCACUGCUAUUAUUUUUUACCUUUUCUGUAAUUGACACACUUUCUUAGCUUUUGCCCAAGGCACUGUAUGUUCUUCUUUUUCUAGGUAUUAAAUUAUAUUCAUUAUAAAAAAGUGGUUCAUUUCAAUGAUGGGUUCAGAAAAGUCUUUGAAUGGCCCUUGAAUUUUUGGCCUGCAAAACUGUACGAACCCAGUCUUGUAUCUUGGUUCCUGAGGGAGGAAAUGGUCAAUUAGUGAUUGAUUCUCAAUUCAAUGUUUAUAUUUUAUUAGGCAAGUGGCUUCUCAAAUGAUCAGGAAGAACUUGAUUUCAAGUUUGACGAGGAACUAGAAAACCAAGGAAAACAACCAACAAUAUGUUCCUCAGAUUGGUAUGUUUUGUAACAUGUUUUGGCUUAUGUUUUUAACCUUGGAACAUUACAGCUCAAAGAUAUAUAUACUGAAUACAAACUGUACACAUAUUUUUGGGUAUGUGCACAUAGAUAUACUGUUACUGUCUAAUAAUGGAUAGGUCAAAAUCAUUAAGUUACAGUGAAGGUUGUUAAUAAGUAAGUUUCUGUAAGAAUUUUUUUUAACAGACUGUCUAUAUGAACAUAGGCAAAGACUGCCACACUUCAAAUUUAAGUUUGGUUUUGUUCCUGUGAUGGCUACAUGCAACAUUAAGGUGCAUGCAGUAUUGCAGUCAGGCUUCUAAAUGCCCAUGAAAAAGAUUCAAACCAUUUUUUUUUCAUUUCUAUUCUGGAUAGAAGCAAAAUAUACUAAAAUGUGUGCUAAAUUGUAGGGAUGAUGAUUCAGAUGAUGAAAUUGAUGACCAGGAUAUACAUAAAAUCAUGAUUGUCACUCAAACUCCACCUCCCAUCAAAAAACAUGACCGAACAGGAAACUAUGUCACCAGAGUUAAAAUGACCCAGGAACUUUCCAAAGCAAUAAAUGAUGGACUUUACUACUAUGAACAGGUAUGGAAAAAGCUGUUUUUUUUUUCUAAAUGGUAAUUGAGUGGUUAUGUUUCUCACAAGAGAUGCAACAGAAAUUUUAGUAGGUGUCAGUUGUGACUUGCCUGUUGAGGGUACCAAGGUGAAAGUGGUGGCUUUAACUCAGUGUGAUAACAGUCAACUUUUAUGGUGUGAUACGCUUUCUUUAUGCAAAUUCUACUGUUUCCAUUUCCUACUGUCUCUUCUCAGACUAGUCAAAGUGUUUAACAUCUGUAGGCGUGAUUUUUGUGAUCUUAUGGUUUGUGGCUCUGGAGUGUGCAAGGUUUUAUUUUUUAUUUUUUUUAAGGAUCUUUGGGAUGAUAGUGAUGACAGUUAUCUCAACAGAAAGGUAAGUAAAAACACUACAUCUUUGGUUAGGUAUUGACUUGCUCUUUGUUUUAAAGAUAUUGAAUACCAUUGUGUUCUUUGUUGUUUACAGAUUGUUCUUUCAUCGUCAUGGAAACGUGUUGAGCUCGUCAGUCAGGACAAAUUUAAUUACCAGCGUGAUGCCCUUGACCCACCCAGGGCUCGUUCUUUCACAGAAGCUGAAUUCCCUCCCCCCAGUCCUCCCAUCACAGUUCCCCACACCACGUUAUCACCAUCAGCAGAAGUAUUCCGUCCGCGAGCUCACACAGCACCAUCAGAACAGUUGUCUAGAUCUCUCCCCGCCACAGUCCCUGAACUUCCUACCACUCUUGAGCAUGUGACACCUCGCUAUGGCUCACGCACUCCGAAGCGAAAAGAUGUCAAAGUUGCACCAAGAUUCUUCCCUGCAUUCAGUAAAGAGAAUGUCAGUGAUCAAGGUCCGAAGAAAAGAAAAACAAAGUACAGUCAGAACCCCCCAGUGGAACAUCAUGNACAGCACCAUCAGAACAGUUGUCUAGAUCUCUCCCCGCCACAGUCCCUGAACUUCCUACCACUCUUGAGCAUGUGACACCUCGCUAUGGCUCACGCACUCCGAAGCGAAAAGAUGUCAAAGUUGCACCAAGAUUCUUCCCUGCAUUCAGUAAAGAGAAUGUCAGUGAUCAAGGUCCGAAGAAAAGAAAAACAAAGUACAGUCAGAACCCCCCAGUGGAACAUCAUGUUGGUUGGGUUAUGGGUAACAGAGAGUACCCUCCACCCAGAAGGUACAUGAUGCCGUAAAAAAGCUCUAAUCCUUGUUUUUUUUUCUUAAAUUGCUAGUAGUAGUAAAAUAGCUUUAAUCUUAAUGUCCUUUUUGUGUGAAUGGCAGUCAAACUUUGUACCCUUAGGGCGAUAUCCAUUUUUGUUAGAACUUGCCAGCCAGACCAGCCCAGUUGUUAAGAGACUUCCAUUAUUAAUCACUGCUAUUUAUGCUAGGCAGUGGUGCCUUUAAGGGAGCAUUUCAAGAAAAGACUGAAAUUAUUUUUUUUCAAAAUGACCAGUCUGGCUGGCCUUUUCUGACUUUUGGUUUCCGUCCUUAGCCUUGACUUAUUUGCCAUGCCAAUAAAAUUUUAUUCGUAGUGUUGUUCUAAUGCUUGGGUUCACAAAUAAGACCUUAGAUGUGACGUUUCAAAUGAAGUCAAAACCUCUUCAGGUUUUUUUUGUAGUCAAUAAAGUGCAUUGCAGUGAUUAUGUUCAGUCACAUGCACAUUUUGUGAACUUCAAAGAAAAAGAUUGUGCGUGACCAAGAAGCUCUCAACAUUAACUUUUGUAGAGUAGUUUUCACCUUUGAUUUUUGGCAUCUUUUAUAACCAGUUUUCUCUACUGAAUAUGGUGUAUUAAUUUGAAGACAGUGUUACAACUUUUUCCUUAUGAUGUAUUUACACUUGUUGUUGUUCUCUGGUUUUCUAUUAUUGCAUUUGAUUCCUUGCAUCUGCCAACAUUAAUUUGUUAUAUUAACGUACUAUGCUUUUUCUUGUAGUCCAAGUUAUAGUAUCUCUGAGGGUGUACCACCCGGGGUGCAUGUUGGUAGUUAUGGUUCAACGCCGCAACCAAUCCCACGUUUCCAGCAUCCCUCUCAUGAACUUCUUCAGGAAAACGGUUUUACUCAGCAGCUGUACCAUAAAUAUCACUCCAAGUGUCUAAAAGGUAUCUCUAAAACUCCUUUUACACGUACUAAAAAAUCAGCACAGCACCCCAAAUUUUUGGCACCGUGCGUUGUUUACUGAUGCCAAGACUACCUCCUGGAGGUAGUCUCAGCACCCCUAAAAUUUUGAGCACUGUUGCCACAUUACAUUUGGGACCAAUGCAUUUACACGCCAAAAAUUGGGAGUGCCGUGCCUUAAAAUCGUCAGCACGGUACCAAAAAUUUGGUGUGCCGUGCCGAUUUUUUAGCGCGUGUAAAUGGCGUUUAAGUAAAUAGCAUUUUAAUAGUGCUAUAUGUAUGUAUGAGUAAUGAGUUAUAUAAAGAAAAAAAUGAUAAUGGAUUGUUUUGUGAAAGGGAACUCACCAAAACAAAGAAGUCACUUUUUUCAAUUUUUAGGGCUAGAAACCUGAAUACUUGUAUGGUUAAAACCAUAUUAAUGUUGGUUCUUUUUCAUUUUUAAUGUUUUGGUUUAGAAACCUUAAUUCCUGUGCUGUAUAUAAUGAUUUAUUUUGUUUCCUACAGAGAGAAAGAAGGUAGGAAUUGGCCAAUCACAGGAGAUGAACACAAUGUUUAGAUUCUGGUCAUUCUUUCUCCGGUCCCACUUUAAUAGGUAAGUUCAUUUUGUUGCAGAAAGACUUUUUAAAAGAAAGAUACAAACUGUCUUAAAAGAACUUGAAAUUUGAAGUUAGAUUAUUUUAUAAUGCUAUGAGGAGCUAGUGCUGAAAUGUUAAUUUUUGCACAUGUAGCACAUCAACUCAAGUGACAGCCUGUGUAGCUGGUGGUUUUGUUGUGGAAAGGUGCGAGUGAAUGGCAAGAAGAAUGGGGUGGCUGGCACUGCUCACUGUUUUGGCUUUGAUUUUGUAGCCUUGCUGCAUUUUCUACACCCCUCUUUAACAAAACCACCAGUUAUACUGGCUGCUGGUGAAGCCAAAUUUUCGUAAUUUACUGCUGCUCAGCCCCCUGCCUUUGAAGUGGUGCAGCAUGAUAUUUCCGUGUCAAACUCAUCACCAAUAGAUGAGAGCUUGGCAAUGCUCUAGCAUAAGGAAGGAGGUGUUCAUGGCAACCCUGCGAGUGGCCCCCACCAGACACUGUCACACUGAACUGUUCAGUGGAAUACUUACCAACCAAUACUUACCUUGCCCUAAACUAAAGAGAGUAGGAGAGUAGGGAAAAAAAACAGCACCAAAAUGGCAAUCAAGCAACAAGAAUUUAGUGAAGACACUUUGCGAAGAACUGUAAGGAAGCAAGGUGCCCCUGCUAAAGGCGUUUGGUCACCCCUAGCAUAGUUGGGAAAACUGUUGACCAGCAUUGCUUUGAGGUUAACUUUGCCUAAAUUGCAGUUAGCCUCAUGUAAUCUAACCCCUUAGUGUUUUUGGUAGCGAUCUGGUAGCUGAAAACUUUGUAUCAAGUUUCAGUACACCCUUUUUCUUUUCCACUAAGCAGAAUUUUAUUGUCACGUUGUGUUCUGCCUUGGUUUGAGAUUGCCUGGCGUCCCAUUCCCUGAAGAAUUGAAUUGAUGGUGGAGGACAUUAGUGUCUCAAUUACCAGCACCCACUGAUUACGUGGUUUUAAUUGAGUUUGUAUUUGAAGAAUCUAAUAGCGACUUUGUUGUUGUUUAUUUUUUCUUCUUGCCAGGAAAAUGUACGAAGAGUUUAAAACAUUAGCAGUAGAAGAUGCUCUGGCUGGUUACAGGUUAGACCUAUCCAAUUUUUCCGGACUUUAAAGCUAAACAUGCUUUGAAAAUUCAUUUAAUAAUGUUAAUACUAAAACUAAUAUUCUUUUCUAUUCCCAGGUAUGGCCUAGAAUGUCUCUUCAGGUUCUACAGUUAUGGUCUUGAAAAGAAGUUUAAAGCUGACCUAUUCAAGGACUUCCAGGCUGAGACUAUCCGUGAUCAUGACUUAGGUACGUUGGGUGCUAUGUGUUUAAGUGGUUAUCACAGUUGUUUGCGAUCAAACCAUCAAUGACACCUUGAUAUCAGCUGGUUCAUUUCAUUGGCUGAAGAGUGUGUUCACUUUUGACCAUUGUAUAGAGUUUCAAGAGAUUUUGAUGAGUUUGACUAUGUACAGUACCGUUUGAAAGUAAGUUGACACUCGAUUCUCAAUCCUCGCAGCAAGAAUUAAGAAUUGAGUCGAGAACGCAAUUCUCCAUGGUUGAAUCUCGAUUCCAGAUCUUCAGUUCCUGCGAGACUCAUCAAACUGGAACGGUUUUUGUUGAGUUGCAAGAAAUUGGCUUUCUACUCUUGAUAUUUGAUAGCUGCACGAAUCUACCGCCUUCAUUCAAGUUUUGAGUAAUCGUGUUACUUCUCUUAAGUUAGAAAAAAACUAUCUAUUCUAUUAAAUAACAAACUCUACUCAAUUAAGAAUUCCUGAGCUUUUUACAGAAGAUUAUUGACCAGAUGUUAUUAUGGUUAAAUAAAUUAUUUAUUUUUGUAUUUUGUUGCUGUUUCUUUCUCAGGUAAUCUUUACGGUCUAGAGAAGUUCUGGGCAUUCCUCAAAUAUUACAAAGUAAGUGAUUUCUAUAGUUUGUUUGUCAUAAGUGCGUGUUUACGUUGAAGCCCUGCAUUAAAAUACUAAGUUAUGGUGUAGUUCUUGUUGAGCUUGAUCAAUGCUUAACAAUGCUUUGAAAGUCGCCUGUAGGUUUGAUGGAACUUUCAAUGUUACUCCAACACUGUGAAAUAAGAUCCCUGACACCUUUUUUACGAACUUCAUUUGAAACAAUGAAGUAUUAAAAAUUUAGUUUCAGUGUAAUCAUCGUGAUGUAGGUGUCGUCUCAUUCAUCCCAAUAAACGAGGCGAUGGGAAGAAAAUCUGGGGUUAAUAGAUGUUUGUUUGUCUUAAAACUUAAAAUUUAGUUUUGUUUGUUUGUGUGUUUGCUUGUUUGUUUUAGGGGAAAACAAGGUUUGAAGUUGAACCAGACCUCAAGAAGCGGCUUGCUAAGUACAAGACGAUUGAUGACUUCAGGAAUGAUGUAAGUGAACAAAAUAUGAAAAUCUUUGAUCUCUCAUUCAACAAUGUUGCGUCCGUUUGCACGGGACUUCUGGGGAAUUUGCUCCUUUGUCUUACAUAAAUUAUGCAUUCAUAGAGCAAUUUUCGUAUGACCUUGAAAUGAAAACGCGCGAACAAAACAGAAACAAGAAACGAACGGAAAUAGAGCGAUUUGAUUGGUUUAUCGAAUGGAUACAAACGCGCGUGGCUUUUGGUUGGUUAAGCGAACGCUCGGGUGAAAAAACUUCACGUCCGAGAACUUUCUAGAAAUCAACCGAUACUUUGCUUUGAUGUCAUACUGCAACACGAUUGGCCAAUCGAACAAUGCCCUCUCCAUAUUAGGGUUUUCUUUGGCGGGAAAGCGAAGACUCCAUGUUUUGAUCUUUUUAUCCAUUGGCUGAUAAAACAAAUAACGAACACUUACAGCAGCCAUUUUUCAAGGUCACAGGAAAAUCGCUCUACUGCACGUGAAUAAGACGAAAUUUGAACGAAAAAGUUCUGUGGAGUAUUAUCACAUGACCUACAUUGGGAAAACAAAACAUACAAGUAAACAUAGCUAAAGAGGUUUAUUAUUAGAGUUCAGAAUGAUAAAGCAACUGUGAUUGUCUUUAUUUUUGUCGUAGCCUAUGAAUCAGUUUCCUGUCGACCCGCACAGUAACAAACCACGAUCCAGACACAGCUCACACAGCGACAAACAUGAUCGUCAUCCUCAUGAGAAGGACGAACAAAAAGAAACGAAACCAGAGCAUACUCAGGGGAAGGGUGAACAGAAAGAAAGCAUCCAAGAUAACCAGGGUGCAGCCAAGGAUGAUAGAAAGACAGGAAAAAGUGAACACCCAACUCCCGGCACAACAGCUGGCAAGGAUGAACAGAAAGAAACUAAACAUGACCAUCCUCAGAACAAGGAGGAACAGAAAGGAACCAGACAUUAUAAAGGCAAGGAGGAUCACAAGGGAACUAAGCAUGAGCAUCAUUCUAAAGGCAAGCACGAGGAGCAUAAGGCAAACAAGACCGAUAAGAAGAGUUACAAGAGUGGUGAAAGCAGUAAUGCAAGGAAAAAGAGCUCAGAACAUAAGGAGGAAAAGGUUAGUACAGUAGCGGCAAAGGACAAAACUGUCGCUACAAGUGGGAAACAAAGCAAAACUAAACCAGCUGCAGAAUCCACUUCUGACAAAGACACUUUGAAUCAAGCUGUUUCCGUCACUGCUUCUUCUGUGUCCUUAUCCCAGGAAAAAACAGAAGUCAACAACAGCUCAAGAGACAAACAGGAUGCUGCUGAGGUUGCAUCAGUUUCUGAAAAAUCGAACACGUAAGAAUUGGCAGCCGUCAUGUGACGGUAACAGAACAUUGGAUUUUAGAUAUGAUCAAAAACAAAAAAUUUAAAAUUGAAGAAAACCACCAAAAAAAAUUUAAAAGAUAUCCAGCAGAACGUCAAUGAAAAACCCUUUGCUGUCUUUUGAAAGUGGCAUUGCAUCUGGAAGGAUAAGAAAACUUCUGCUGCCAACCGUGGCAAAACAUUGUAAUGCACUUGGAACGUCUCCUGCACUGUCUGUCGUCGGUCCACACCUCUGUAGAGUGUGAUGGUAGUCUUGAUCGCAGAACUGCGCUGUCAAAGCUUUGCAGUUAUUCCACUAAGGAUGCUCGUAUAAUUUGAUCCAGAAUACAUCAGUAUGACAAAAAAACAAAACAAAAACUCAACCGCAACGGUAUAUUUAACUGAAAUUUGCACUGAAGGGUAUCUCUAAUAUUGGUAUCAUCUAUCAUCAAUCAUCGCAUUCCGCUUCACUUUUGUAUUCAUUGGUUAUCAGCCGCUGUCAUGGAGUAGCAUCUAGGAUCUGUUACCUUCAAAACGAGUUCAAAUCAUUUUGCCCGUCAAGUCUUGUUAGGCGUUCAUCACUGGACGUCUCAGUUCACUAGACCACACAUGUCGUGAUUAUUCCAGAAAGAAUGGCCAGAUGAUGAGACUGAGGGAACACUUUAAUGCUUAUAUCUUGAGUUGCAUCAGUGGAAACGAUAUUCAUACAGGACUUUCCUCAGUGUGCUCGUAAAGCUAGGAUGGUAUUAACUAUUUUUAUCAAUAAUAUGGCGAGUUGAUUUUAGAGCAUUAUUUUUUUUUGAGUUGGCCUCAGAGAGAUUUAUUGAAAUUAUAUAGUGUGAAAUUACACGUAAUAUCAAUAUUAGUCACUAUGAUGUUUUACUUCAACAUAACGAAAUCUUACAGGAUAUUUUAGUAAUUCAUGCUGAUGUUGCCAUAGUGAUGGUUGCUGGGUAACAUGCAAAACUGACAAAUAAUCCAAAGAUUGCCCGAGCAAGAUCUGGGUUUCAUAGCAAGAAUUUUGUGUGUUGAGACUAUUAGAGACCUGUAGAUUCAAGGGCGUGGACGACUACGAGUACGAGAUUUGACUUUAAAGUUUUUUCGCGUAUUCUCAAAAUAUAGACUCCCCGGAAAGCUUCAUUUUACCAUUUUCUCUAGAAAAGUUAGCACUGUUACCUUUAGUGACGGAGGUUACACCCUCUCCCGAUCGCAAAGUGAUAAAACUUCUAACAUUUGAGAACUUGCUUCCGCCACUUGACAUUCUCGCCAAAACUCGUAGUAGGGCAACGACGGCUACCACAUUUUUCCGCCAAAAUGGUGCUGGUUCACGCGUGAGCAAUACUCAGUAUUGAGAAAAUCUCGAACUCGUAGUCUACUCGUCUCAGAAUCUAAAGCUCUCUAUUUGCAAUCAAAGGCUGUUUUAUUGUGAUUGUAGUCACAAUAUGGUACCCUAUUUAUGUAUUUGAGCGGUUGCUCUUGAUCUAGGUGUACAUAAAGAUUGGUAACUUAUAACUUAAUGAAAUCUCUUCCUCAAAAAUUUGGGAGCUUAAGCAAUCACCAUGUACCCUGACAGCAGAGCUUUUCUUUUAGCGUAAUCAGCCAAGACUCUUCAUGAAUCGAGUAAGGUCUUUGUUGAGCAUGCGCUGCACGUUGCUAGGCUACAUGUUCGAACCCAGGGCUAAUCGCCUUGCGCUUGGUAUAUCGGGCUGCGUUGGGCUCAGUUAUGUGCUUCCUUAAGGUGAUCGAGGAGGAGUAAAGGUGAUUUUACACGAGACGAUUCGCAGCAACGAUUUUUAGCGCAACACAGCGUUGCAACAUUGUUGCGACAUUGUUUCGAAUAGUUACAACGUUGUUCUAACAUUGCAACGCUGUUUUGCGCAAAAAAUCGUAGUUGUGAAUCGUCUCGUGUAACAUCACCUUUACUCCUCCUCUAGCAAGAAGAAGUCAAAAAGAGGCUCUGGUGGCAGGGUGUCACGACGUCGACAGUAGUAAAACCGUCACUAAAAGAUGAAUUUGUACUUAAUCGCGUUUGUUUGACCUCCCUUAGUAUGUCAAUUGAUAUAGGCAAAUCAGUUUCCUGGAGGUAAAUUCUUAAGGACUGUAUCCAAGUUUAAAGGGAGAAAAUAAUCUUCUGCGUUGUGUCGUCAUGUCCUCCAUAAAACGUCGCAUUAGGAAGUUUCACGUCGUCGCCUUUGAGUGUGAUGUGUUACUUAUGAUUUAUUGAAGUUCUCGUUGCCGCCUUUGUCCUGGUUUCUUACGCUCCCUACUAAUUGACAUUCAAGAACAAAAUAUCCGAGCUUUGGUGGCUCGCAGUUUAUAUAUAUAUAUUAAUGUUAUCAAACUUUGGGAGUACCGUAAUAUUUGUAUAAUAGGGUGAACCGUUAUAAGUUGUAUUUUAGGUGUGUCAACCCCCUGACCUCCACAAAUGCACCGUGGGUUUUGGCUCGAUAACCAGCCGCUGUUCGACAAAUGCGUCCGCAGUCCUUUUCUUCAAGGCAAUCGUUGACCAGCCAUCGAAACGGUGCAACCCUGCCUUGGCGUACAGUACUGAGUAUUGCAUAAAUGUGGCUAUAGAUAAGAAAGUUAAAUAUGGGUUGCUAAUCAAGAGUAUUAAACAUGUAAGAUUAUUGAAGGACAGUUGAAUUAGAAAUAGUUUGUGAAAAAAUGUAUGGUUGGGAGAGUUAUUGCCAUUUUUCAAAAAAUGCCUUGUGUUCAUCCAGUCCACCAGCGUUGUUACGAAUAACGUCGGUGAAAAGAACCUCUUGUGAGGGUCCCCAAAAUGCUUAGAGGCUCGGGAUUCGGGAUUUUCAAGAAAAUUCGGGGCGAGAUCGAGAUUGAAAUUAUGCGCGGGAGGUGGGAUACCUAAAAUAACCCUCGGGAUUACGGGAUUGCACGAAAUUUCGGGUUGGGAUUACGAGAUUGAAGAACCCUAUUGGGGACCCUCUCUUGUGACUAGUAGUGCGCUAUCCACGUGGAAGUUAGCAGCACAUCUUGUAAGUUUUUAAUGGAAAGUGAACAAAUCAUCUGAUGCUCAUCUCGGAAUACUUGGAAGGAUCUACUGAACCCGGAACCGUCGCUCUCGUUUCGUUUUCGAGUGGACGGUAUAGUAGAUUCAGAUACAGUCGUCUCCCGGUAACUCGAACCUCCCGCUAACUCGAAGCAAUUUUCAUUUCCCUUCAUAUCAUUUUCUAUAUAAUUUUACCCUCGAUAACUCGAACUCCCGAUAACUCGAACUGUUUUGUAUUUCCCUUGAAGGUUCGAAUUAUCGGGAGUCGACUGUAGUUAUGAAAUAAUUAACGAGGAUAUUUUGGAAAAUGGUGGCAUGCUCUCUCAGCAGUUGUAAGGGUGCGCUCAGGCACAAAUGGUUACCAAAUAUGCAGUCAUCUCUUGGGGUGUCAUUUACACAUUUAG